GGCUGGCGCGCUUGCACGUGACGUUUGUUGUGUCAUUUCGCAUUUGGUCAGGUUAGCAAGGGUUUUAUCUGAAGUCUCUUUAAAGGUGUCUCGCUCAGACAAUAGGCGGAGGUGCCACCCGUAGAGCCUGGAACGGCUCGCAACAAUCCAUUUGUGGUGUCUUUACAACGCUUACGCACAUUUGUGGUGUCUCUCGGGGGAAAUCUGCCGAGCGAGCCCUGAUGACGAUCAUGAACAUCGUCUCAGACGACGAAGACAACACCAAGCCGUCGGACUUGCCUCCCGAAGAACUCUUACUGCAAGCAGCGCGAUCGGGUGCCUACACAACCGUCAAAGGGCUUCUCAACGGUAGCUGCUGCACUUCCAACGGCGCUGCGCUCAACGUCGACUGCAAAGGGAAGCAGAAGGCGAACCUGGGUUGGACGCCAUUACACCUUGCAUCCUACUUUGGCCAUUUUGAUGUGGCUGAGAUUCUCUUGGAGCACAAGGCGUACGUCGACGUCGUGAAUCGUGAGGGCGACACCCCGCUCCACAAGGCAGCCUACACCGGACGAGAGGGGCUAGUAAUGCUACUUCUGAAGUACAACGCAGAUGUGUUCAUCAUCAACUGUGAAGGGCAGUCGCCAAAGCAGGUGGCUGAGAACACCGACAUCAAGAACAUUUUGGCAGCGGCCGAGUCGGCCGAUGAGAAGAAAAAGGCGGAUCAGUUCUUUGCGGCUGUGAAGGAAGGGAAUGUGGAUGCCGUCCAGAACCUGCUGCGGGCGCGGAAACCACCCAACAUCAACUGCAAGGACGGGUUCGGCAACACCGCGCUCCACUCUGCGGCUUACCGCGACCGCAAGCAGAUUGCCGUGCUGUUACUCCAGUGCGGCAUCGACUCCACCUUGCGCAAUGCCAGAGGGCAGCUGGCGGCAGACUUGGCUCACACGGACGAGAUGCGGCAGAUUCUGCACGUGGCACCAAUCCGGCAGCUUCGCAAGAACGCCUCCAGGCACGAAGGUCCCCUCCUGAGGAGGAAACGGUUCCUUGGUUCUGUCCGCGUCUGGGCCGUUCUCGACAGGGGCGUCCUCUCCUUCUUUCGCUCGCGCGGAGAUGCAGCUUCAGGCACGCGACGCAAGCGAUUCCACUACCUGGAUAUGGCACGUGUCGAGUGCGACCCGACGGACGAGGCGGGCUUCGUCGUGUUGUUCCCAGACGAUCCGCCCGAGCGAUUGACGGUGCCACCGGACGACAACGAUCGGGUCGAUCGUAUGCGCUGGGUGGGCAAGCUGAAGGAACACAUAGAGUUCAGCAGGCACUACACCCACCAGGGCAUGUCUGCAUCGGACAGUGAUGAAGAAGACCUGCUGCCCCUGGGAUCCAUCCAGGACGUGCUGGCGACGGCGCAGGCACAGCAGCAGCUCCUGGAGCGCGGGGUGGACCGGGCAACCGCAAUGCACGCGGACCUCGUGCAAGUCCUAGACGCUCACCAGCUCAGCUGUGUGGGACCCUGUCAGGACCUGCUGUCCCAGUGGAAGGAGCUCCUUCUACUCUCCCGGGCCGUGUCCUCUAGCCUUGGCAGUUGCACCCUCCUCCUCAAACAGCAGGAAGAGGCUCGAUCUGCACGCCUGGACCAGGAGCGGGAGCGCUCGAGAGUCCUGCAGGAGUCAUUGAGCGUGCUUGCCCGUGAGCACCAUCACCUAGAGUGCACCCUAAGCAACACCGGAGUCGAGGAGGAAGCUCCGCUGCAUUCGGACGACGAGUUCUUUGAUGCCUUCGAAGGAGAGGCAUCCCCCGCACGUGAGAGCCAGUCGUCGGCCGAGCUGACAAACGAGGACGAAGUAGAGGAUGAGAUGUACUCGUCGCUGGUCGGUCCCGAAGUGCGGAGCAUCUGGGGAAGGGUUCGUCUUCCGGUGCCCAUGUUUUCCAAGAAUGACUUCAGUCUCUGGAGCAUACUAAAGCAAUGCAUAGGCAAGGAGCUGUCCAAGAUCACAAUGCCUGUGGUGUUCAACGAGCCACUGAGCUUCCUCCAGCGCAUAUCGGAGAAUAUGGAGUACAGCCACCUCUUGGUGCAAGCGGACCAAGCCUCGGACCCUGUUGACAGAAUGGAACUGGUGACUGCAUUUGCUGUGUCUGCCUUGGCUUCCAAUCUCGAGCGAUUGAGUAAACCUUUCAACCCACUGCUGGGAGAGACCUACGAACUGAUUCGGGAGGAGGUUGGUUUCCGCAUGGUAUGUGAGCAAGUGAGUCACCACCCACCGGUGAGUGCCUUCCACGCGGAGUCUCCCCACUUCAAGGUGCACGGCUCGGUCUACCCCAAGCUCAAAUUCUGGGGCAAGUCCAUCGAAAUCAAGCCCGAAGGUCACCUCUGCGUCACACUGCUCUCACAUGGGGAGGAGUACACAUGGGCCAACGUCAACUGCUGCAUACACAACAUCAUUGUUGGGAAGCUCUGGUUCGAACAGUAUGGUUUGAUGGAGAUAACCUGCCGCAAGACUCACCUCACUUCGGCGCUGACCUUCAAGCAGGCCGGCUGGUUCUUCAAGGACCUGCACAGGAUAGAAGGCUUUGUCUACGACAAGCACAAGACGAAGCAGCGCUUCCUGUACGGCAAGUGGACGGACUACCUCAAGUCUGCGCCGGUGGCGGAGUACGAGGAGUACAUGCAGACGCACAAUUUCCGGGCACCAGACCACCCAGGUCCCCCGCCGCCACCAGCGGGAGCGAGCCCCGCCCACACGCCCAAGCGCAUGUACGCCAAGCUAAACAGCCUGACGCGGUCCCUCACUGGCGGCGCCCAGGGCGAACCCCCCAAGAGCCCCGAGCCGUGCGAGCUGGACGAAGGCGAGAUCCCGAAGAGCGACUCGACGUACUCCCUGGACAUCCCCAACUCUCGCCUUCUCUGGCAGGCCACCCCUCGUCCCGACUACUCCCCGGAGUACUACCACUUCACCCUUUUCGCCAUGGCCCUGAACGAGAUGGAGGAAGGAAUGCCCGAGCGCCUACCACGGACGGACUGUAGGCUGCGCCCUGACAUGCGGCGUCUCGAAGCGGGGGACUUGGACGGUGCGGCCGCAGAAAAGAACCGGCUAGAAGAAAAGCAGCGCGAGGCUCGCAAGCAGCGGAAGAAGCACAAAGAUGGAUGGGAGCCACGGUGGUUCAAGCUUGGAAAAGGCGCAUACUCAUCUGCCGACGAGUGGCAGUUCACUGGCGCCUACUGGGACCGGGACUUCUCCAACAGUCCGGACAUCUUCUGAAAAGUCACUUCGGGGCACCUGGCUUGUUUGUUUGUUUUGUUUUUCUGCAACUGCAGUUUUCCCCCAGGACUCUGUCCAUGAAUGUCGACAACCCCCCCCCCCCCCCCCUUCCAAAGCAAUUCACAGUCGACAUAAUAUCGGCCAGCCAUAACACUCUACUGUUGGCAUCGGACCGGCAAAAUGCCAUCAGCAGCACGGCAGAACAUUGGUAGCUGCUCAACAGGAUGGUGGCGGUCGGGACGGUAGGAUUGUCGGCGUCAGACCGGCAAAAUGCCGGCAGGAUGUUGACAGCUGCUCAACGGGAGGCAGGCAGUCAGACCGUAGGAUCGCCGACAUUGAACCGGCGAAAUGCCGGCAGCAGCACAGCAAGACAUUGGCAGCUGCCCAACAAUAUGUCGGCAGUGGGAUGGUAGGAUUUGUCACGCUGCCGGCAUGACAUAGCACGAUCUGGAACUUUGUGCCGGGGUGCGGUGGGCGGAGAUCCGGUAGUGUGGGGCCAUGCACAGGUGUGUAUACCAGUUGAGGGCAGUUCACGUGACUAGGUGUGUUCCGUUUGCGGGGCCGGGGCGGUCGGCACACGCCCCUCCCUGUUCUUCCAGUUAGGUACCGUGUGUGCUAGAAGCAGAGUAUUUAUGUUGGAACGACCUUGACACGGCAUCUGUCUAAGUGUCUUCGUUCGCUAGUGUACAGGUUUGAAGCAUGGUCGAGACUGUUUUAGGAAUGUUGUUUUGUUGAUGUUGCUUUUUUUAUGAAGUUUUUAGAAGAGUAUAUACGAAGUCCUCAAUGUGUCGUGCUUGUAUUCACACAUGGGCCGCCAUAUUUUCGGAUGCGCAAUUUAAGAACCACCUUCCUCCCCCCUCGCAGUAUUCCCUGGAGUGACGGUCCGUCGGUGUUCAGGUUUCGGGCUACCUCCAGUGAAGCGAGCACCGUGUUAAAAGAAAAUUAGAUUUUUAUUUUUGGCUUGUAUUGAUGUUUUAAGUAAUGCCAUUUCGUAUGCCUUUCGUUUUCUAGCAUCGAGUAAGCUGCCCGGACAACCCGUAAUAUGCGCCACUCGGAAAGUUUAUUUAGAGUUCCUACAAUGCCAAAAGCUCAGCAGAUUCUUUCCGCUAUAGACAAGUCUUUCAUUUAAAGUGCAUUUGCAGCCACACGCCCUGUGUUUCUGAGGCUACUGACGUGCCCUACGACAAAGGUCCAGUAGAAUCGCAAAACAGGUACAAAUGCAAAGUCUGGUGCGUAGUCCAACGGCUGCACAGUACGUCAUUCCUUUGGUGCCGCUGGUUUGCCACUGACCACAUCGGGCAUCGCAGUGGGCACAACGUCAACAAAUGGUGUGCUAGCCGUUUUGUAUAUUUUCCAGAUUAAAGCGACGGAUAUGUGGUACCAAA